GAGAAAAGGAGUUUGGGACGUACAACGCGGUGUGGUUAUGUGAUAUUGUAAAUAGAUUGUUUUUUUUAUCGUGUGUGACACAUUUACUCGACGUAGCGUGAAAUGGCGUUUACCUUUGGAACUCCAGCGGUCACCUCUGCUAGCACAGGUUUCGGAUUUGGGACGCAAAAACCAACGACAGGCUUCGGUUUGGGCAACACGUCCUUCGGCACCCCGACCACGUCGACUAGCACGUUAACGUUCGGCACCUUGGCUCCGCCGACGACGUCCAUAGGUCUGAAUUUCGGAUUUGGUACUCCAGCAACCUCAACGCCGGCGCAAUGCAGCGGUCUGCUUCUGGGAACCAACACAGCUACUACAAUGACCACUCCCAGUUGCACUGCUCCCAGUUUAUUUCCCGCCCCUACCACGUCCGCGCCCUUAUUCACGAAUCUCAACUUUGGCACGCCAGCCACGACGAACGCUCUAACGUUUGGUGCCACGUCUAAUCCAACGGCAACAGGAAGUUUAACUUUCGGUACAGCUACCACUAACACUUCCUUAUUUGGAUCCGGAACUGGAAGCACUUUAUUGGGUGCUAAGCCAACGACUGUUCUUAGUACCGUAACUGGUGCAACAGUUACUAAUAAAGGACUCGGCGGCUUAGAUGUUUCCGUCAAUAAUAAGGGUCUUUCUCAAGGAAAUAGUAGUUCGACAGCAGCCAAGGAGAAUCUAUUGCCAAAUGAGCUUAUGCAAACUAUAGAUAAAUUCAAGGAAUUUGUAAAAAUGCAAAAAGGCCUAUCUUCGGAUAUUGCGAGAGGCUCGGCGAGACCGUUGAAUCGAUGCGCGGAAGAUACGGCGUCUCUAAUGGAAAUGUUGUCCACCUUAUCUGGUUCAGUGCAACGAGAUCGUUCUUCGGCCGAUAAGCUGAAGCACGACACGGCAAAGGCGUUGCAGAGCGCUGAAAUAGCUCAAAGAACACACGAUACCCCACCGGGCUUGCAAUACGAAAAUAAUGCGCCCUUACAAUUCUUUAUGGAAUUAGCCGAAAGCUUCGAGCAAGACUUGAUGUUGUUCAGAUCACAAAUUGAGACGACCGAGAAACACAUACAAACCAUGAUGGCGCCAAGAACAUUAACGCCGCAAGAAUUGACAGCGACCAUGAAUAAGCUUCAUGAGUCUUUGGUCGCAGUUGCUGGCCGCCUGCAAAGUGUGCAUGCUAAGGUGCAGCAACAGAAGGAACAGUACCUCAAUUUCAGGAAAUACGUAUUGAAGGAUAACACUAAUGUUUUCGACAGUAUCAAAGUGAAUAGUAAAUCUAAUCGAACCAGCAUCAGCAGGAUCACGAGUGGUCCCACUCCUUUUGGGCCAGUUUGGGAAAGUUCGACGCCAGUACCGUCUGCUACUAACAUUACUAUAGGCAGUAUAGGCUCAUCCACGAAACCGCCGACAGCAAGUUUGAAUUUUAACGCGCCGAUUAAUUUGACCGCACCAUUGCCAGUAAACGGAACCAACUCAAACUUUCAACUUCAAAAGCCUCCCGUUGGUAACAAACGAGGGAAACAUUGAUCAUUCAUCUCGGAUCAUUUUUUGCAACACAAGCAAAUUGUUAUCUUCAACACACAUUGUAAAGUCUCCUCUACCAGAUUGUUAACGUUAAUGACAAUGUUAAAGCAACCGCUAUAUUAUAUAAAAAAGUAUUUUUAUAUUCAUCAUUUAUGAUCAUUAUUAAUCAUUGUGAUAUUCUUAUCUUUUUCUACAUGUGUUGUCGAUAUAUACAUAGCGUAAUCUUUAUUGGAAUUUGUACCUUAUGUUACAGAUAUUCCGUAUCUUACACAUCAAUCAUACUUUUAUAUUAUUAAAUACCUCAAGUUUAAUUAUUUUGUAAUAAUAUGUGCAUUACUCUAGUGCACAGAUAAUUAAAACAAUUUUCUACUAAAACCUGUUGAAUGGAUGCCCAGUGUAUGCAUGCAUGUACAUAUAGAUAUUGUCAUAUAUCUGUAGUUAUUUCGCAUUGACACUAAAUACUACAAAAAACGAUAACGACAAAAAAUUCCUUAAAUCAAGUAAUGUAAAUAUACUGAGUUAGCAGAAUUAAGUUGGUCCCUUUUUUUUAAUAUAGAUACUUUCUUGAAGGAUAGAAUAUAUGAAAAUUAUUUAUGAAACGGGGAAGUGGUAUAACAUUAUGCUCUACAUCGAAAAUUGUAUUUAAUCUAGAUAUCGUUAAAUAUAAAGUGUAAAAAAUUGUC